GGGGGAGGAGUUAUCGCUGAGGUACCAUCUGGGCGGGGACCGCUGGCGGCCGAGGGACCCCAGUGAUGCCGCGUUACUGUGCGGCCACCUGUUGCAGGAACCGAGCGGGGCAGAGUGCCCGAGACCAGCGCAAGCUUAGCUUCUACCCAUUUCCUCUCCAUGAUAAAGAAAGAUUGGAGAAAUGGUUACGGAACAUGAAGCGUGACACUUGGAUCCCCAGCAAGCACCAGGUCCUCUGUAGUGACCAUUUCACACCAGACUCUCUUGAUGUGCGAUGGGGUAUUCGAUACUUGAAAACAACUGCAGUGCCAACUAUUUUUUCGAUGUCUGAUAAUCAGGAAAAAGGGAUCUCCCAGGAAAAGAGAACCGAAGAUGACAAAGAAAAAACCCCAUGGAGUACAGCAGUUACUUCUUUAAAACCUUGUUCACCAAAGAGGGAUAAUAUAAUUGAAGAAAGGUUUUACAGGAAAGCCCUUUGCACAACUUUAAGCAAGUCUUCUGAACAGAAAACACUACUUCAGAAUGUCAUGAAAUCUGAAGACAUCGUAUCGCCAGAUAAUUCCAUUAGGCCGACUUUUGAACAAACAAGCCCCGUGGUAAUAACAAAUGAUGUACAGACUGUUGCAGCCAGUGAUUGCUGCACCCCAGAAAACGUGUGUUUUGACAGCUCUGUAGAACAUCUCUUUAGUGGUACAACCACAGUUUUGCACGCUACAGUUCACAAUCUUCAGUCAUGUCUUGAGUGCGUCUCAGAUCCUAAAGCCACAGUUCUGCAGCCUGCAGAUUUCCAACACUUGGAUUCAUCUCUAGAAUUUAGUAAUGUGACUUUACCUGUUAAUGCCCUCCCACCUGAUCAGCUAGAGUCUCACGUGGCAUGCUGUACAGUGGAAGUCAAGCCAUCUAGCGAAAACUCCUUGUUGCUCCACACUGUGUCGCAGGCUUUGGAACAGUUUAGUGGAGAGAAAGAGUCUGUUAUCACCAUUAUAGUUCCUUCAGAGGAUUCAAAAAACCCUUUGUUAUUAGAGAGCUCAAUUGUGCCAGUGGACCAGGAAUUAAUUGACAUUGAAGCUGAAGCAUCUGCAUAUAUCACCAGUGACAAUGGUCUUGAAGUGCUACAAGUGGAGCAUUCAUAUUGUAGGCAAGAUGUAGACAGGGAGCAACUCUGGCAAAAAAUUACAAAGCUGCACUCAAAAAUAGCACUUUUAGAAGUACAGGAGCAAAAGACUUUAGGCAGACUUAAAUCCCUGGAAGCACUUAUUGCCAAGCUGAAGCAGGAAAAUCUGCUUUCCGAAGAAAAACUCAAGAUUGUUGAAAAUUGUUUCACAACCUUUGAAGUGACUAUGAUACAAUAAAAGCUUUAAAGUGAUGGUUUCAACUAAUUCUUUGCAGUUCUCAGAGGGAAACAAA